AUGCCACGCAAGAAGGUGACAGACAUCUCUGGAAACGGGUCUCUAAAGAAGAAGAAAGCGAGUGGCAAAAGAAAAGAGAGAGACUUUAGCAGCGACGACGACUUUGAGUACGAACAGGAGAACAACAAGAAGCCAGGCAAGCCCUCCACAAAGUCCACUUUGCAACCUGUCACUGUGGCGGAUGAUGAAAAAGAGAAAAUUAAACUCGAAUGUCCAAAGGUGAAAGGUCAACUGGUCAUAUUUGGAGCAACUAACUGGGAUUUGAUUGGAAGAAAAGAAGUCCCCAAACAACAAGCGGCUUUCCGCAACCUCGGCCAGAAUUUGUGGGGUCCGCACCGCUACGGCUGUCUAAAUGACAUCCUGGUUAGCUGCGUGAUUUCCGGGCCCUGCGCGGCACACAGUCUUCUCAUCACCACCGAGGGCAAGCUGUGGAGUUGGGGGCGCAACGACAAAGGUCAGCUGGGCCACGGAGACACCAAACGUCUGGAUGCCCCCAAGUUGAUUGAGGCGCUGGCUGAUCAGGUGACUGUCUCUGCAGCCUGCGGACGAAAUCACACCCUGGCGCUCACAGAGGAUGCCAUUGCAUAUUCCUUUGGUGAAAACAAGCUGGGACAGCUCGGCCAAGGAAGUCAGACUGAUGCCGUCCUCAGUCCAGCACCUAUUUCCUACAACGGCCAGCCGUUGGUGAAAGUUGCAUGCGGCGCAGAGUUCAGCAUGGUAGUGGACUGCAAAGGGAACCUUUAUUCCUUCGGCUGCCCUGAGUACGGACAGCUCGGACACAACAGCGACGGCAAGUUCAUAGCGCGCGCUCAGCGCAUCGAGUACGACUGUGAACUCAUCCCUCGCCGCGUCGCCAUCUUCAUCGAGAAGUCCAAAGACGGCCAGAUCACGCCCGUGCCAAACGUGGUGGUCCGAGACGUGGCCUGUGGAUCCAACCACACGCUGGUGUUGGACUCACAGAAGCGAGUAUUCAGCUGGGGGUUUGGCGGUUACGGGCGUCUGGGCCACACGGAGCAGAAGGACGAGAUGGUUCCUCGCCUGGUUAAACUGUUCGACUUUCCUGGACGGGGAGCCAGCCAUAUCCAUACGGGCUACCAGUGUUCCUUUGCUAUCAGUGAGAUGGGGAGUCUUUUCUUCUGGGGGGUGACCAACACUUCCAGAGAGUCAACAAUGUACCCCAAAGCGGUGCAGGAUCUGUGCGGCUGGAAAAUCCGUAGUUUGGCAUGCGGGAAAAGCAGCAUUAUCAUCGCAGCAGAUGAGGCCACCAUUAGCUGGGGACCUUCACCUACUUUUGGAGAGUUGGGCUACGGAGACAACAAAGCCAAGUCUUCGACCGUCCCGCAAGAAGUCAAGACUCUGGACGGCAUUUAUAAUCAACAGGUGGUGAUGGGUUACUCUCACUCCAUGAUCAUCGCCAGGACAGACACUCCGGCCGAGCAGGAGAGACUGCAAAAGCUGCCCGAGUACAAUCCUCGAACAAUCUGA